AUGGCAGUGAAAUUCAAGGCCACAGACACAAAGACUAUUCUCCUACAGUUACUGCUUUGUCUGACAAUCUUCUAUGCUGUAUAUUACAUUAUGGGCAUCAUAUUCUUUGGAGCUUUCAGGCUUGAAACAUAUGAUGAGUUCAUGCCAUUUGACUUCAAAACAGAACCAUCGUACUCAAGCUCAAAAUACAAGGUCAAUCUGGUCUCAAUGGAGUUGACCUACUUUGUCUGUGGGCUGCUGUUUGCUGGGGUGAUUAAAGAAUGGAUAUGGGAUUAUGCGAUUACAGUCACUCUGAUUCAUGUUACAGUUACCUCAACAAUUAUGGCUGAAUUUCCACUGGUCUGGCAGUGGUGGCUGGCUCUAGGUAAGUCUUCCAAUUUUAUGCAAAUAUGUUACAUAGUACAAAAUUUUCUCAAUGUUGCUCAACUAAAACUAAUAAUUUCUGUGCAAAUGAUGUUCUCCAUUGGAACUUUUUAA